CUACAAGUUGGAACGGUGCGGGCUCGGCCAGCUACACCGCACUUCCUCGCCCCACUACUUGCCUCCACUCCGUUCCAUUCACUUGGCCGGGGAGGACGACAUGGACAAGACAGGUGGAAGAGGCGACUUCGAAUGGGUCUAUAACGACCAGCCACACACGGCCAGGAGGAAAGAGAUACUGGCCAAGUACCCAGAGAUCAAGUCCCUGAUGGGUCCGGACCCCCACCUGAAGUGGGUGGUGUCGGGCAUGGUGCUGUCCCAGCUCCUGGCCUGCUACAUGGUGCGCGAUCUCCCCUGGAAGUGGAUCUUGUUCUGGGCCUACGCCUUCGGCGGCUGCAUCAACCACUCGUUGACGCUGGCCAUCCACGACAUUUCGCACAACGUGGCGUUUGGCAACAAGCUGGCCAAGUGGAACCGCUGGUUCGCCAUGUGGGCCAACCUGCCCAUCGGCGUGCCCUACUCGGCCUCCUUUAAGAAGUACCACAUCGACCACCACCGCUACCUGGGCGGGGACAAGCUGGACGUGGACAUUCCCACGGACUUUGAGGGCUGGUUCUUCUGCACCCCGACCAGGAAGCUGGUGUGGCUCUUCCUGCAGCCGUUCUUCUAUACCCUGCGCCCGCUGCUGGUCAACCCCAAACCCGUUUGUAAACUGGAGGUCCAGAACUUUGCAGUCCAGCUGGCGGCCGACGCCGUCAUCUACUAUCUGUGGGGACUCAAGCCGGUGGUUUACCUCAUCGCCGGAUCUAUCUUGUGCAUGGGACUGCACCCCAUCUCUGGACAUUUCAUCGCCGAGCACUACAUGUUCAUGAAGGGGCACGAGACGUACUCCUACUACGGAGCGCUCAACUUGAUCACCUUCAAUGUUGGCUAUCACAUGGAGCACCACGACUUCCCAAGCAUACCUGGCAGUAAGCUACCUCAGGUGAAGCAGAUUGCGGCCGAGUAUUAUGAUUCCCUGCCUCAGCACACGUCAUGGAUGCGCGUGCUGUGGGACUUCGUUUUCGACGACACCAUCGGCCCGUACGCCCGAAUCAAGCGUGAAUACAAGCCAAGCAAGCUGGAGUAGAGCAGACGCGUCACUCGUCCCAGGAAGGGCCACCGCCACGACGCCACAACGUGGCGCACCGCAGUCCGCGUGAUGUUCACCUUCAAUUGUCAUUUCCUUCUUUCACUGUGCACCAAGUUCCACUUGUUCCUGUCAUGCAAUAGAGUUGACCUGUCAUGCCAUUCGAGACUACAAUUAAUAGCAUUCAACAGUGAACAUUAUUUUUUUUGUAAGGUCUACAUUUUCAUCUUUUUUUUUUUGCAUGAGUACUGUUGUGUGGUUCCUUGUGCUGCCUCUCAGUGUGAUGUCAGAUCUUACACCUUCGUAGACCUUUUCAGAAUGUUUGGAAACAUUGGGUGGCAAGGUACUUUCGGGGAGAAGAAGGGCUAUCGCUGUCUUGAACUGAAAACGACGACAAAAAACUUGUUUGGGAUUGCGCUGCAAUUUGUUGAAAAAAAAAAUGACAACCCUAAAACCGAACCGAAAUGAAUCCAGCAGAACCUAAAUGGAGUGGAUGAUUGCAAAUGUAAAUGUAGUUGCCAGGACAUUCUUUGAAAUGUAAUAAAAUGGUUCCUUGGGUUGUCGUGACUUGAUUUAUCAAAACAAUGGCUGGCCUAGUAGUUAUCAGCUCUCCAGCGUGCUUUCCAUUUCAGCGUUAAAAAACAAACAAACAAACAAAAAACACGUCAGCGCCAUUAAUCGAAGCAAAACCAAACAAUUAGCCAGUCCUGGAAAAGUGACAUUAAGUUUCACCACGUUUAGUUUGGAAUCAGUUCAAUUAAAAUGUAUAUUACA